AUGACGCUAUUGAAGCGAGUUCUCAUCCUACUUCUCAUCCUGAUUGGUCUCGCGGCGAUCAUUGUCCCAGUUGUCAUUUUAUCUCUUGGGAACAAGUUUGAGCGAAAGAGCUCCAGGGAAACAAUAGAUCUCGACCUUUCUGGAAAAGUUCCAGAGGGCAUAAGGGUGGGAAGGUACAAUUCGCUCUAUGACGCCAUUCAGUACAGCGUGGACGAAGCAUUUGAAGACUACUACAGGAUCGGUAAUGUUAGGGAUGGAAGGGAGAUUGUCGUGAUUGACAGAGUUGGAGACGCCGACAAGACUGUAAUUUUCAUAAAAUACGAUGACGGAACGAGGUACAUUUUGGUCUACAUUGUGGAUUUGGCCAACGCCUACGGCGAUGAAGAUGACGACCAGAAUGCACAAGAGAGGGAUAAUGAGACAUGCCGUCUGAAUAGAAUCAGCUUGGAGUUUAUCAAAAAGAAGGACGAGCCAUGCUACUCGAGAAUAGAGAGGGAGCCCAUUCUGCUGGAUCUCACGGAAGAGGUACCCUCGUACAUAAACCUAUUCCAGAUGGACUCUCAAAACUACAUUUACACCAUCGAGUUCUGCGACUCCUUCAGUUUGUACAUUGGGACCGUAAAGUACGGAGAGAACCUCGUGGAAGAGAAUGAAGGAGACAUCAUACAAAAGGCAGUAAUCGUCGACAAGAACGGGGUAUACCCCAAAAUAAAAACCAUUACAUAUCAAACAGAUGGCAUGCAACUAGAGAGGAAAUACGAGUUUAUAGACGAAGAAUUCAAAAGGGUAGAUGAACAGAUCAAGGACUUUGUGUUUACUGGACUCUUUUGA